GUCGGAGGUUCACUAUCGGUUCCGCUGGACGACGUGGAGAACACGUGGAUGUACGAGUCGUCCAAAGACCGCUCUGGGUACUGCUCAGGAGGCCAGGGUUCCGCCUACCUGUGGCUGGGUGCAAACGACAUGAGGACAGAGAGCGAAUGGGUGUACUGGACGUCGGGUGAACCCUUGGCGUGGGAGGGGCCGUGGCGAGGCGCCGGACCCAACGGAGGUAAUGUCGAGAACUGCCUGGUUAUGCUGGCUGGUGAUUUUCCGGGGCUGUGGUCGGACAUUGCCUGCCUCGACUCCUAUGCCUUCUGCGUCCCGUGCGAGUUCGACCACUUGUCUGUCCUCUACCUCAAGGGCGCCAUGUUGUGUGAGGGAUCUCCGAUUAACAAACAAUAUAUUGUGUCCGAAGAGAAGAACGGACGCCCGUUUCUAUCUGGAUUCCUGCAUUCGGAUAUUUUCUGGGAUCCAGGUGCUGGCAGCUGGGUUCUUCUGUCUCUCAAAGAGGAGGGGGUUAGAGCCACAUGGACACCAUCAAGGGAAGGGAUGUAUCCGUUCGGCACACGCCAAUGGACGCUGGGCGGUGAGGUGUGCCAGAUGCAAACGGGAACCGAGAUUCCUCUCACGCUAUCAGUCUGCGGCAAGGGAGAAUUUACCUGUGCUGACGGUAACUGCAUCGACCUCUCACUGAGGUGUAACCUACGCAUCGACUGCCCAGAUGAGAGUGACGAAUCCCUGUGCUCCGUGGUCGACAUCCCGCCCGGGUACAACACCAACAUCCCGCCCCCCUCCCCACAGAAGGAAAAUCCCCUGGACGUCAAGGUAGGGAUCCAGCUCAUCGCCUUCCCGUCUAUCGUCACGCAGGACCUGUCCAUGACAGCGACGUUCAAGCUCUCUCUGCAGUGGAAGGACGUCCGGCUGAAUUACUUGAACCUCAAGGAGGAUCGCAGCCUCAACAAGCUUUCCUCUGAGGAAGUGGCCGAUAUCUGGACUCCGAGAGUGCACUUCAGUAACGCCCUGGGCAACGUCUUUACCAACCUGGAUCCCGGCUCCACGCUCGAGUGUUUGCGGGAGAGUCCUUCCUCGCCGGGGCCGCCUUACCUGCCAGUGGAAGUUAAUAUCUUCUCCGGGAGAGAGAACAGCCUGCAGAUGAGUCAGCUGUACCACGUGACCUACACCUGCGAAUUCGACCUCGUUAUGUUCCCUUUUGAUUCUCAGGUGUGUUCUCUGCGGUUUACGAUGGUCUCCGCGUCGGCGCCUUACCUGCGUCUGACGGCUUCCAGGGCCCUCUACACCGGGCAGAAGGACCUCAUCGAAUACACAAUCCGUAACGUCAGUGUGGAAGAGGGAACAGACGGCGACUUCUCCGCGGUCACUGUCUACGUCCGCUUCUCACGCCGGUACGAAUUCUACCUCUUGACGCUCUACAUCCCCACGACCCUCCUCAUCCUCAUCGCCUACAGCACCUUCUACUUCAACCCAGUCAUCUUCCAGCCCCGCAUCAUCGUCGCCAUAACGGCCCUGCUCGUUCUGUCCUCCUUGUUCACUCAGACCUCGAACGCCUUGCCCAAGACGUCCUACUUCAAGAUGGUUGAUGUGUGGCUUUUCUUCUCCAUCCUCAUCAUCUUCAUCGUCGUCUUCAUCCAAACCCUGGUGGAGUUUUCUUCGCUGGAGACUGUGUUUGCAUUUAAGCGAAAAAAUAAAAUAAUUCAGAUCCAAAAUACCAAGAGCAAGUCCGAGCCGCCACCUCCCCUUCCCCUUAACCUCAAGAUCCUUCUCGUCGGGAGGUUCCUCAUCCCCCUAAUCGUCGUGAUCUUCAACAUUGCCUACUGGACGAAAGCCUUGUGAUUGUUUUCGAAUUGUGAAAAAAAAACAUAAAGGCAUAAGGUGCUGCGGAAAUGCCAACCAAGGUGGACAGUCUUUCAAGAAGCUUUGGCCGCUAUUGAACUAGGAAUGGCGUUAGGAAUUCAAAAGGAAAGGAAAACAUAAAUAGCAGGAAGUCUUCUUAAUUGGUAUCUGGAUGGACACAGAAUAAACAGCAGUGGCAAAGGGACACAUACUUAAAAGAUAAAUAUCGGUAGUGUUACAAAUAUUAUGGAAAGAAUCUAUAUCCCGUUCUCUUUCUGUAUAUUCUAUAUUUUCAGAUAGUGACAUUGUUUGCUAUACAGAAUUCUGCAUUCAAAUUUAAUUCCAACAGGGAGAGUGUAUUGUGGUAGCAAUUAGUCAAUGUCAGUUUUGUAAUCUUGUUUACUAUAAGUAUUAGUAUCGUUAUUAUAUAAUUUAUGAUGAAACUUCUUAUGGACAUAGGCUACUCUGUUAUGAAAAAAUAUAACAGUAUUUUCAUAGAAAAUAUUCCCCAAGCCUCCUCUGUUUCAAGCUUUUAUCUCCCAUCUAUGGUACUUUCACAAAUUUCCUAUUACUAUCACAGUAAUGUGAUUUGCUCCAUUAUCCACACAUUAUGUCUUUGUUGACACAGUGCCAAUAAAAGUACUUCUUCGCCCUACCCGUUAUUUCUUGAAGGCGUUGCCACAACAAAAGAAAAAUGUCAUCUAUGUAAUACAAUAACUUAGGUAAUAGUGUAGAUACUAUCAUGCUGAAAACCUUUCAUGUGAAAGGCAACGUCUUUGAGUUUUGUUACUCUGGCAUACAAAAACUAAUUCUCGAAGAUCCUACGUAUUUUUACUACACAGUCUCUACUUUUUACCUUGUAUUCCAGAAUGAUCGUGUUGCUGUGAUGAAUUUACGUGACAAAAUUUUAAGCACUAGGUGUUGUUCUGUGAUGGUUUUGCUUCUGCAUGGUUUCUUAUUUGCAAAGGCUCAUCUGAUGAAAGUCUUUCUGUAGUGUUAGAGGUUUAAGUGUCAUUCGCCAUGGAAAUGUUUACCAUAACACGGCUAUUUGUGUAUUCCACAGUUUUGUUUCUGAAUUCCCUGUUACUUUUUUUAAAACAUUUCCUACAAUUAUUUGUUCUCACUGCAGGCAUAUUAACAAGGAGACGAACCACGGGGCUGCCACAUCUCGGUGAUGACUGCUUGUGUUAUGGAUCCUUCAUUAUGACACAAACUCAUACGCACACACACUUACACUCACACACACACA